GGCGAGGUCAAGAAAUCAACUCUGUGUAAUGUAAUGUGAGAGAAAAAGAUAAAGAAAAUACCAAAAGAAACACAUUAACAUUGACCCACUUCCCCAUUUCUUCCAAUUUUCAUGACUUUACUCUUAAUUCUCCUAAAAGGAGUUGCAGAAAAGCUUCAAAAAUCGUUACUUAAUUACCUCUGAAAUCCCCUAGAUUGUAUUAUAAAAGCUUUGUUUGUUACAUUAAUGGCUGCCGCAGCUCCUCCUCCGGCUGCCGCUGCCGCUGUUGCUGCUGAAGAAGGAGCAAUUCUUCACGAGUUCACUCCUCCGAUUCUGUUAGCUGAUAAGAUUCUGAAAUUAGCUCAAGAAGCAGUUUCUUUAAGACAAGAAUGCGUUGACUUAGCUAAACAAGUCGACAAAAUCUACCGGAUGCUUCAAGCUACCGUUCGUUUAAUCACCACCACCACACAGCCGUUGUACGAGCGCCCAAUUCGCCGGAUCGUGGCCGAUGUCGCGAAGAAUCUCGAUCGUGCUUGGAACUUUGUCAGCAAGUGCCGCCAUGGUGGGUUUCUAAGGCAAGUUUUUUCAAUGACUACCAUCGCUGAUUUUCGUAAGGUUUCUAGUCUUCUUGAAUCUUCCAUUGGAGAUAUGAAAUGGCUUCUUUCAAUUUUUGAUUCCGAUGGCACUGUUGGGCUGCCUCCGAUUGCGAGUAAUGACCCGACUUUAGCCUAUAUUUGGCCCAAUAUCGCCACAAUCCAAAUGGGUUCUGUUAGAAAUCGGGUCGAAGCUGCAAAUCAAUUAACCUUACACACUCGUGGGAACGAUCGGAAUCAAAAAAUCGUAAUGGAAGAAGGUGGCGUUCCGCCGUUGCUUAAAUUACUAAAAGAAUACUCCUCCCCUGAUGCCCAAAUCGCCGCUGCUAAUGUUCUUAUUAAUGUCGCUUCUGUUACCGAUAGGGUUGAAUCGAUUGUUAAUAUUCCUGGGGUUCCGAUUAUUGUUCAAGUUCUUAAUGAUUCCCCCAUGAGGGUUCAGAUUAUUGUUGCGAAAUUGGUUUCCAAAAUGGCGGAACUUAGUUAUCUUGCUCAAGAAGAGUUUGCUAGAGAGAACGUAACUAAACCUUUAGUUACUUGUUUAUCGAUUGAUAUGGUUCUUGAUGAUCCUAAGCUUCAAUUGGGGAAACCCAGUUUUCAUUCUGUCGUUGAGAUUAAUAAGGAGCUUGCUGGCAAAACUUUUAAUACUUCACUGAAUUCGUCUUCAUCUUCUUCAUAUUCUGAUAGUAGUAGCCGAGGGGGGAAUCAGAGGAAGGAGAAAGAGAUUGAGAGCUCUGAAGUUAAGCUUCAGCUUAAAGUGAAUUGUGCGGAAGCUCUUUGGAGACUCUCUAAAGGAAGCUUAACCAAUAGUCGAAAAAUUACCGAGACAAAAGGAUUGUUGUGUUUGGCGAAGAUCAUUGAGAAUGAGGGAGGGGAGUUGCAAUACAAUUGCUUGAUGACAGUUAUGGAGGUUACUGCUGUUGCAGAGUCCAAACCUGACCUUAGACAUGCUGCUUUCAAGAUCACUUCACCAGCUCCGAAAGCGGUUCUCGAUCAACUUUCGCGAUUGAUUCAGAGGGAUAGUGAUCCAAUGUUGCAAGUUCCUGCUAUUAAAUCCAUUGGUUCUCUUGCCAGGAUUUUUCCUGCAAAGGAAUCACGAAUUAUUAAUCUUUUGGUUUUGCAAAUGAAGAGUAUGGACAUGGAUGUGGCCAUUGAGGCUGUUAUUGCAUUAGGGAAGUUUACUUGCCCUGAGAAUUAUAACUGUGUAGCGCAUUCAAAAUCGCUUAUCGAGUUUGGUGGCGUUCCUCCUCUAAUGAAACUUUUAAGGCAAAAUGAUCAGGCUCAAGUUCCGGGCCUUAUGCUGCUAUGUUAUCUUGCACUGAGCGUAGGUAAUAGCAAGGCUUUAGAGCAGGCUCAUGCCUUGAAUGCAAUGAAGGGGAUGGCUCGUCUUGUUUUCUCUCAUCCCGACUUGCACGAAUUGUAUGCCAAAGCCAUACACCACCUUACUCUUUAUCAGGCUGGAGCUCAUCAUAUCCACAGACAUAGUUUCUCGCCCUAAAUCUUAGUUUUAUUGAUGUUGUACAUUAAUACAAAUUGGAGGUUGUUCAAAGUUCUUCAUAAUCUGAGAUAAGCUGGCUAUAGUCCACACAGAACUUUGGCUGCACAAGUUGCACCGAUAACAACGCUGUAAGACCGAAAACUGGGCAGUGAAGGACAACUUUCACUUGAUUAAGCAGCCUAUUACUUCAGGCUCUAGCGGCUUCCUUCAUCUUUAGGAAGGUCUUGGGUAGGACACUAAACUUGUUGGCUCUUGUUUUCUGAUUCUUGUUAAUUUACACGAUAACAAAGAAAAAAAGGAAAAGAGUCGAGUCCAUGGGGAAAACCGAUAUCUGCUUUGAAAAGAUUUGUUUAGAUUUGGUGUCUUAAAUGUCUCUCGAGUCUUGAUAACAUUGUAGGUUUCUGUUAUGAGUGAUUAUUUAUUGGUAGCUGGUUUGUCUUGAUUUAGUUCUUGUAUUUCCUUUCAUUCUUGAUAGUAGUCCAUCUGGUUAUUCCUACCAUUCAGAAGUCCCUUGCAUUAUCAAUCAUCUGGAGUUUAGCAUAUUCAUGGACACAAAUUUCAGCGAAACAUGGAGCCACAGUCACUGUUUAAAUCUCUUGAUAAAGAAGUCUGAUGCGCUUAUUCCACAUGGGAUUGGGACUUACAUUGAUUUUUAUCCACCCACCAGCUGUUUACAUAGAUUUUCUGGUUUUGGUUAAAUAUUCAUUCACCUUUUGUCAACCUCUAUUGUGGUGUACAUUUUGUUGUUUCUUCGUAGGAUUCACCUCUGUUUCUUUCAAUUAUCAUGGUUUGAUUCGUUAAACUGUAGCUCCUGAUUCCAGCUAUGUAGCAUCACAUCACUGCUUUAGUAGGCAUUCUUUUUAGGAAGCUCAUAAGGAAAAGAACAUAUCACACGAAUAUACUGUACAUACGUUGAAUGAAUCUAGAAGAUGAUCAGAUUCUAUCUCA